AUGGGCGCAAACAACAACGGCGGAGUGGCCGUGGCCGCAAGGCUACAUCCAUUCUUUACCGCACCGCAGGGUCUACCCAAGAGCAAUACCGAGACUGCGGCUCCGUUCACCCCCGAACCCUCCUGCAAUCCGAUAACCGAUGAAUCAAACGAUCCCACGACCGACACGGGCAAUACCACGGACAAAUCCGAUAGCAACAGCAAGCGGAAGCCGAAGCGCCGGAAAACGGAUACACCUACAGAUACUACACCAGACGCGUCGAGAGGCCCCAAAGCCAAACGCCGUUCUCGUGCUUCGACCGGAAACAGCAUCCUCAAUCACUUUGGUCAGAAGACUGAGGAUGGCGGACAAGUUGAUGUUCGGCCAGGUGACGAUGAACAACAGCAGAAGCCGGAGUGCACAUCCGAACAGAACUGCCCGCCCUUGCCUUCGAACGAAACGCCCGACCCGGUCACCAGUGAUACAAUGAAGGACAAGAACCAAGGGGAGGAGGCCACAUCGAAGCCACUGAAGUUGCUCAAGUUCAACCCCAAGACUGGCACAAUUGGCUCUCCGCCAAAGCCCAAACCAUCUCCAUCUCAUGUCCCAGCAGACUCGACUACCCCCACCGCAACUGGAAAACGUGGUCGACCGCGAAAGACCCUUCUGAUAUCUAUUCACUACGGUGGUGACGACCAGGUGCGAGAAAGAAUUGGUCAGCACAUCCACAACAUUCUCCUAGGGCAGUGCAGGCAUACCACACACAAUACUUCCAAAAUGACUACCAGUACACCACCUUCGACGAGUCAGGAGGUAAAGACAACUACACCUAAGAAACGCAGGCCGAAGAAGUCAAUGACGCCCAAGAAACCAACCCACCCAUUCUUCCAGGGGAAGUCCAAAGCGGAUGCAGCUGUCCCGGAAGAGGAGCAGAAGGACGAGCGCAAGCCACCACCCAAGCGACAUACGAUCUUCACCUCCACUCCCUGCUCUCCUAGACGGGCACGAGCUCCUCCUCCAAAGUUCAACAUGCCUCAUUUUGGUUCAAAAGCUGCUGGGCUGAAAGUCCCAGGGGCACAACACCCGGCAUGGCCUUGGUCCGGAGCGGUCCACAUACGCGGCGACACAUCUCAAUAUCCGACUGAUGGGGCUAAACCGUCAUCAGCAAUAGUGGCAAGAGCUCGCAAGGCAAAACGACACGAAGUCCAGUUGAGUGAGGAAGAGAGUAUCAUGCACCACAUUACUCUUGACUUGGACGUUCGUGAAAAGGUCGAGGAGCUCAAAUCUAUUAACAAUGAUGACUUUCGCCCGAUUUCCCCACUGGUGCGGAUCCCGAUCAGGUCUUUCGAAAGCGGAAUGAAACUACAAAAAAGGGUGCUGGGUGAGCUGCGGACAUGGACUGGAGCUCAUUCAGCUACAAAGACACACCCAGCAAUUGCUCAGGCAUACGCUUCAAUCAGCACUUCUUUAUCUGCUUUCGAUAGGGCGACUUGUGAGACCACUGCAUGGCCCCAGAAGUAUGCGCCCCCGUCCGCCGAUCACAUUGUCCAACAUGGCCCGGAAGCAGAGUUGCUACGAAAUUGGCUACAGACAUUGAAGGUUCAAGCAGUUCAUACUGGACAGCUGGAUGUCGGGCCUAAAUCGAAGAUGGCCACACCGGCCAAGAAGACACGCAAGCGGAAGAAGCUUGACGGAUUCGUUGUCUCAAGCGACGACGAAGCCGAUGAGAUGAACGAAUUAUCUGAAUCCGAAAAGGACUGGAGCCCAAACGGAAGCCGUGGUAUAUCAAAGAAGACAGUCUUGAGAUCUGGCGGCACCACUUCUCGAGGAUCCAAAGAUACCACCCGUCUGACGAAUGCCGUGGUUAUCAGUGGACCUCACGGAUGUGGCAAGACAGCAACAGUCCAUGCCAUUGCAAAAGAGCUUGACUUCGAAAUAUUUGAAAUCAAUGCCGGCGCACGACGAAGUGGCAAGGACAUCCUCGAAAAAGUUGGGGAUAUGACACGAAACCAUCUUGUCCAGCAUCACCAGAAAGAGGUCGAAGACGAGGAUGCAGAAGAUGAGGUUACUCGAGAUCUGAAAUCCGGCAAGCAAGGCACGAUGACAUCCUUCUUCAAGCUCAAGCCCACCAAAGUCGACAAGAGCAAGAAGCUUGUUCAAGCACCUGCAGCAGAACCUACCAAGCCAAAGGACGUGAAGAAGCCAAGCAACUCCCAGAAGCAAUCUCUCAUCUUGUUGGAGGAAGUCGACAUCCUCUACGAGGAGGACAAGCAAUUUUGGGCGACUGUCAUCUCUCUGAUCUCUCAGUCGAAACGGCCUUUCAUCAUGACUUGCAACGAUGAGACCUUGGUCCCAUUACAGGCUCUGACCUUGCACGGCAUCUUUCGGUUUUCAGCCCCACCCAAGGAGAUGGCCGUCGACCUUUUGCUCUUGAUUGCCGCGAACGAGGGACACGCGCUUCGCAGGCAUCCGAUCGAGACACUCUACGACUCGCGUGGCCAUGACCUUCGUGCCUCCAUCACAGAGCUUAACUAUUGGUGCCAGAUAGGGGUCGGUGACAUGAGAGGCGGGUUCGACUGGUUUUACCCCAGAUGGCCAAAGGGCAGUGAUGUUGAUGAGAAAGGUAAUACCAUUCGGGUGGUCAGUCAGGAUACCUACCACGCGGGCAUGGGUUGGCUCAGCCGAGAUGCCACUGUCGCGACGUCAUCAUCAACAUGCUCGAGCGAGGAAGAAUUGCAACGGCAGACGUGGAACUGUUGGGGCCUCGAUAUCCUUGACUCCAGCAAGUCUAACGAUUUCACUUCUUGGGCUGAGAAAUGUGCCAGUCAAAGCGCUGCCGAAGAUCGGCUUGCACUCGUGAACUCCCUUGAUGCAUUUGCGGAGUUCAUGAGUGAUGCGGACAUCUGCGGACCGCAUCUAGAUGCUUCCUCAAAUCAGGUCAUAUUGGAUCCCGGCAGUCCCAACAUACCCGCGAAGAACAAAGAUGACUUCAUCGUUGGCCGCCAGCUCCUGGAAGCAACCCCUUUGCAUAAUUACCAUACAACCGCGAUGGAUAUCUCUACUUCUCUUAGACGCCUUGCUCGAGCACGAUUGCAAGCAGAUCGGUCGUGCCCUGGUACCAAACCACCCUUCCAAGGCAUUGAUGAGUCUCAGGCUGUGAAAACUAUCGAACAGCAUCUUGACCACACUCUGCACGUAGAACUGCCCACCUCACGGGUAGAUUACGGUUUGGCGUUUGACCCCAUUGCAGCAUCCGAGAAGACUUUGGCUGGUGGGCCUUUGGAACCGUCGGUAUUCGAACGAACAAUGACCACGAUCAGCUUGGAUGUUGCUCCAUACGUCCGCAGCAUCGUUGCAUUUGACCAACGUCUUCAGCAACAACGGCGUAUCCGCAGCAACCUCCUCAGCGAGGGCGGUCAGCCUGCGAAGAAGCGAUCGCGCACCACGAGGAGCGCGUACUCGGCUCUGGAAGGCGGCUCAAGAGCGAGCACUAGGAGAGAAAACUACUUCUCCGCUGACAUGAACACCCACCUUGUCAUGCGGACGGGUGGUAAAGGCUGGGAUGAGCUUACACGGCAGCUGGUAGAGGGACAAAGCCCGGCGAGCAGUUGCGAUUGA